GCGCCCGGGGCGGCGGGCAGCGGGGAGGGGCUGCGCGCGGGUCCCCGGCCAGAGAGAGGCGCGGGCACCGGGCCAGGCGGAGCCGAGACAGCCAUGGAGGAGGCGCCCAGCCCCGCGCCCGCGCUCUGGAACUGGGACUACCUGGACCAUUGCUUCGCCCGCCACCGUGUCUGCAUCUCCUUCGGCCUGUGGAUCUGCGCCUUUUCCUGCUGGAUCGCCGUCCACGCGCUGCUUCUCUAUCUGAGAUGUGGGAAGAAAUCCGGACGGGACCAGUCGGCGCUGUGUGCUGCCUGCUGCCUCCUGACCAGCCUGUGUGACACCAUCGGGGCGAUUCUGGCCAAACAGCUCACCAUCCAGGUCUUCACUGGUGCCUACCUAGCAGCUGUUGACCUGGUGAACUUUGUGUCCAUUCUCUUCCCAGUCUGCAGCUCCAAAGUCAAGUCCAAUUCAGGUCGUGGGUCCCGGGAGAGAAAGAGGAGGCGGCAGCUCAGGGCCAGCAUAUUUGCCCUAGUCCUGCCGCUGAGCCUGGGCCCAGGCUGGGCUCUGUGGGCUGCUAUCCCGAAGGCUUCAGGCCCCAUCCGAGGGCCACAGCGGAGGCUGCUGGGAAGCCUGGUACAGGACAAUACUGAAAUCCUUGGCUACCUGCUGGGCGGCAUCGCAGCCUUGGGCUCCUGGGCUUCCCGGAUCCCCCCACUCUCCAGAAUCUGCUGGGGUAGGACAUUUCCCUCCAUCUACCUGUGGACCCGGCUCCUGUCGGCCCUGGCUGGCCUCCUCUACGCCUCGGCCAUCGUGGCCCAUGACCGGCGGCCUGAAUACCUGCUACGGGCCACACCCUGGUUCCUGACCUCCCUCGGCCGUGCAGCGCUGGACCUCGCCAUCAUUUUCCUUUCCUGGGUGAUGAAGAGCAAGAUGAGGCACGCCUUGGGAUUUGCCUCUGAAGCCAGAGAGAACGCCGACACCCAAGCCCUUUUGACCUGUGCAGAGAAGGAGGAAGAAAACCAGGAGGCAAGGACCGAGAAUUCGGACUGGGUGCCUCUCACCACGCUACCGUACUGCAAGCCCCUCAAGAGGAUGGCAGCCGUCAGCCGCUACCUGGAGCUGACCAUCGAGCCUGUGCAGCAGGUGAGCUGCAGUGCCACCAGGCUGCCUGGAGAUGGACAGACAAGCACGGGAGCCACGUUCCUGCAGGAGCCCCCCUCGUACCCUCCGGUUCAGGUCAUCCGGGCGCGCGUGUCCUCCAGUAGCUCCUCCCAGGUCUCCUCCAUCAACUCUGACCUCGAGCAGAAGUAUUGGGAAGCCCUAAACUCGGAGCAGUGGGAUCCUGAAGACGUAAACCUUGGAGGGAACAAAGACAACAUGGAGAUAUUCAGACCCCGGGUACACAGGUGGUCUAUGAAGCCAGUGGACUUGACCUCUGAUAAGUAACACUUUCUGGAGCCAGCUCAGCAGCUCAGAGCCCAAGGUCAAGGUUUUGUCAGGAACUGAGCAAGGAUCAACCUGCAGAGACAGCCAUGGCAGGAAUUUAAGCUUCUGCCAAGGCCGCCCAUGAAAGUGAGGAACCAGGAGCUGUCACGGAGCUUGGCUGGUCUGCACCAUGGCUCAGAAUGGAGCUAAGACCUUGGGCCCUGUGGAGAGACCUGGACACACCCAGAGUUUGUUCUGAAAAUUCAAAGUUCACAAACCAAUCUUGCUUUGAAAUAUAAUCUAAAAUAGU